GACAGGCUACAGACUCUACACCUAGGAAGCUCAACUGAAGAAACAUCACUUUUCAAGUACUUUCAAUCUGUUCAUUUGUUGUUGUUGUAUCUAAUGUCGUGUUUACUGUAAAUUUGUAUCAUAAAUGUUCUUCUUUUUGUUGAAAUUUUCAAGGGUUCAUGCCACUUUCUCGUUAUAAAAAGGUUUGUUCUUUUCAUGGUACUAGUUGUUUUUUUGGGUCAUUGUACACUAUUUUUAUUGGGAAAAUUGAUUUGGGUUUGUUCUUUGCGAGCUCCUUGUUUUUUUGGGUCAGCGUACAAAUAUUUUCUCGGAAAAUUUGAUUUCUUUUUCCUUUUUCAUUAACCUAUCUGUUCGAGCAGAGGAAAAUAAGGAGUUUAUGUAUACUUGAACAAUGAGUGAUCACUUGGUGUUGUGUGCGGACCGGCUCAUAACGUCGGCGACCUUAGAAUCAAUGCGAAGGGCCGAGUCUGAUAAGUUUGCAGGGCCUUUUGAGGAAGGCACUUCAACUCAAAUUGGGCUGCGGUCCAAUGUGGACACUAAUGAAUGGGGUGUGGAUGAGUUUUCGUUUUCGGACAAAGAAGAGGCAGGUGAAAGAACGGAAUGCCGGAUUUGCCAGGAGGAGGACCUUGUCCGGAAAAUGGAGGCGCCGUGUGCUUGUAGUGGCAGCUUGAAGUUCACACACAGGAAAUGUGUUCAGCAAUGGUGCAACGAGAAAAAAAAUACCACUUGCGAAAUCUGCAAUCAGCCUUACCAAGCUGGUUAUACUGCCCCAUCUCCACUUCAUAUUCCUAGAUCUGAAGAUACAACAGUUGAUAUCAGUGAAAGCCUGACUUAUACAGGUACUACUGAGGAUGUGCAUUCCCCUACGCUUGCGGCAGCAGCAGCAGAACUCCUCCUGGACGGGGAGUAUGGUGAGUGUACCACUGCAACUAGCAUGAGAACUGCAAUUGUCCGAUCUACAGUUCUAAUAUUAAUGGCUAUUACGCUUAUGAAACAUGCAUUGUCCAUUGUGGACGAGGAGGACGCCGACAUUUACAACCUGCUAUCGGUUUUCUUACUCCGCACCUUGGCUUUCCUUAUGCCGGUCUAUCUCAUGACAUGGGUUGCUACCCUCUUACUUCGCCGACAUCAGGGACAUGAAGCAGGUGGAUUAGCAACGACUAGUUUUACUUUCAGGGCAACAGUUGAAACGAGCAUCAGAGUCUGAGAACCUCCUCAUGAGUUGCAGGUGACAAUCUCGAGCUAAAGAGGAAAAUACAUGCACAAAUGCAAAAGAAUAUCCAAAUUAAUCACUCUAGUCAGUAAUAGACUAGCAAUGAUAGAAAAUUAAUGGCCAUUUAUACACAUGUAUGUUGGCAUGUUCUUCCAUGUGUUGUAACUUGUAGGUCUUAUUUUACUUUUCCAAAUCGUUUGGUAGAAGUUCAAGAAUGUUUAAGCUUCUUACAGAUGCCAAGUAGCUUUCAUGUUCUUUCCCUUUACCCCCGUCAUGUAAUAUAUGUAAUUUAUAGGAAGCGCGUUUCGUUGGCUUCAACUUGCCUCCGGAAACCUCUGUGUUGCAUGGAGAAAUUGUGGGCUUGCUUGAUUUUGUAACUAUGGAGAAACUGGUAUUUCUUCUGUCUAUGCACAAGCCUUCUGCCUUCCAUGAAUGAGUUGAGUUGGGCCUUUGCGAGCAACUUCUAACUCAUUUUUCUUCAAUUCCAAGUGCCUAGUCGUUUGCUCUCAAACAAUAUCAUAGCGGUAUGAGUCUGUACAAGAAACUACUGUGUUUGGUCCUCCUAGGACAAGUGUGUAGAUGCUUUGGAAUGUUGGGCUCUAAUGGCCAUUUUGAAA